AUGAAAACAAUUUGUUGGAAUUCCCAUGGGCUUGGGAACCCACUGGAAAUUCGAGCUCUUCGUGAUUUAAUCACAAGAAAAGGACUCGACCUGCUGUUUCUGCAAGAGACGAAGCUUACGGUGCGAGGUAUGGAAGCUUGUAAAUUUAAAUUGGGUUUUACAAACUGUUUUUCAAUUGAUUCGGUUGGUCGUAGUGGCGGGUUGAGCUUGAUUUGGAAUUCUGAUUUGGGUGUUGAACUUAAAUCCUUCUCGAGAUAUCAUAUUGAUGUUCAUAUUAAAACUGAGGAUUUAUGGGAGUGGCGAUUUACAGGUUUGUAUGGCAACCCAGAGGUUUCCAGUAGAUGUUCUACUUGGAAUCUCAUUAGAACCCUUAACUCUAUUGAGCAAAUUCCUUGGCUGUUAGGGGGCAAUUUUAAUGAAGUUUUGCACUUACAUGAAAAGCGUGGUGGAAGACCUCGAUCUAUUACUCAGAUUGGGGUUUUUAGGGAGGUGUUAACGGACUGUAAUCUGCGAGAUUUGGGUUUUAGAGGACCAAGAUUUACAUGGUGGAAUGGCAGGGAAGGUGAUGGUCAUAUUUCGAAGCGUCUUGACAGAUAUUUGGGGAAUUCUCUUUUCUGUUGUUUGUUCCCGCAAGCUGUGGUUUUACAUGGAACUGUUGCAUACUCAGACCAUUUGCCUGUGAUGUUUGAAUCUUUAUGUUGUCGAGAUAGGCCACUUAUGAAGAAACAAUUUCGUUUUGAGGCCAUAUGGGUGGGAGAGGAGAGGUGUGAACAAAUUAUAAACCAAGUUUGGAGAAACAGGGGUGCUACUUUUGGGAUGGAGGAGGUUCUCAAUCUUAUUAAGGGUUGUGGUGAAGAAUUGACAAGUUGGAAUAGAGUCUCGUUUGGCCAGGUUAGGAGGAAACUCAAUGAAGCUCGCAAUGAGCUUGAGAAACUGCAGCUCCUGAACUCUUGUCAUCCCUUUCCUGGUGGUCUUAGUAUGGCUAGAAAGGAAGUUCAGUUGUGGCUUGAAAGAAAUGAGGUUAUGUGGCGUCAACGAUCUCGUGUUCAGUGGUUAAAAGAAGGGGAUCAAAAUACCCGCUACUUUCAUUCAAAGGCGUUCUUCAGGAAGUGA